AUGAAUCCUGAUACCAUUACACGAUUAGAAGUGGAUGAGAAGAACCAGUUUAACUAUAUGUUCUUUGCGCUCGGAGCUUGCAUCGAAGGGUUCAAGGCGAUGAGGCAAGUGAUAAUAAUGUAUGGAACUCACCUGAAGGGUGUGUACAAAGGAGUGCUUCUCAUUGCCACUGCUCAAGAUCCAGAUCAUUAUCAUUAUCCCCUUGCUUUUGCGGUAGUAGAUGAAACCAAAGCAUCAUCAAGAAAGUACACGAGGUAUCAUUGGCGAUCCAUGGAUAUUGCAAUUAUCACUUGUCUAAUAAUGUCAGCGAAGCUUGCAGCAAUGUUAACAAGAAAGGGGUUGCCAAAAACAUUUAGAGAUAUUGCUGGUAUUUACAGUGAGGUGGACUUCAGAAAAUGCUACAACGAUUUCAGGAAAAUGUAUCCUCAAGCAGCCGAGUAUAUAGAUGACAGUGUUCAUGAGACAAAAUGGGAACCAAGGAAAUAUGCGUUGUUGCCAAUGCUUGAUGUGAUCGUGGAAAAGAUAACAGAAUGGUUCAACAAAUACCGUCUAUUAUCUCUACGCGUACCAGAGAGGCAGAUACUAAUCCCACAUGUGCAUGGGAUAUUGCAUCACAUAUAUCCUACGGCUAAAAAGUUGAAGGUGACCGAGCUAAAUACAUUUGAAGGUCACUACAAUGUGCUUGGCGAGGAUGGUCAUGGUUAUUUGGUUGAUUUGAGCAACAGAACAUGCUAUUGUAGGUAUUUUGAUAUUGAUCGGUAUCCUUGUGUGCAUGCACUUGCUGCCAUCAUGGCGCGUGGAGAAAUGGUUGAACAUUAUUGUUCUAGGUAUUACUGGAUGGAGCAGUGGACUUUGGCAUAUUACAGGACAAUAUAUCCAGUGCCUCAUCAUUCAACAUGGGAAAGAGAAUAUAGGAGUAAGAGAAAGAAGAAGUUUCCACCAUUGAUUGGUGAAAACGAAGAAAGUGGCAGUGAUAGCAAUAGCGGUGGUAGUAACAGCAGUGACAGCAGUGGCAUCAAGGGAAAUGGGGACGAGGGAGGUGACAACGAAGGAAAUGAUGAAUGA